UCACUGCUACAGUCAAUGUACCUAUUUAAGUGUUCGUAAUCCAGUUUCAUUUUUUCUCUACGAAUAACAGCAUCUGCUUAGAUACGAUGACGAUGCAAAGUGACAAUUACCACGAGGAUGACAUUGUGAUUACUGGAAUUUCAGGACUGUUUCCAAACAGCGAAAACUUCGAAGAAUUCAAGGAAAAUUUAUUGAAAAGGAGAGAUAUGUAUUCAAAAGUCGACAUAAACGGCGAUACUACAAUCAGAGGUACUGUGAAAUCAAUCGAUCGGUUUGAUUAUGCUUUUUUUCACAUAACUUAUAACCUAUCCCUUGGAAUGAUGGUUGGUCUGAGAAUUCUGCUUGAAAAAACAUUCGAAGCUAUAUUGGACGCAGGUUACAAUUUGCAACAAAUAAAAGGUAAACGCAUAGCUGUAGUUAGUGCAUUAUGGGAAGGCAGUACCGAUGGUGAUCCGGCUAUUCAGCCGAACGCAAUGUACGACAGUGCCCUUGGUGCGGGCCAGUUCAUGUGUGCCAACAGAAUAUCACAUACGUUUGAUCUACAAGGACCUAGUUGUAAUGUGAAUACAGCGUGUUCGUCAUCUGGAUACGCUUUGGAUACGGCCAUUAGGUACAUUCAAAAUGAACAAUGUGAAGGAGCAAUCGUGUGUUCGGCAAAUUUCUGCUUUACCGAAAGCGGCCAAAGCCAGGUGUCAUCAUUUAUUCACUCUAAGCGUACAGAGAUUUCUUCGCCUUUCGAUGCGCGAGCUGGUGGAUACAUUAGAAGCGAAGCUGUAGUCUCCAUGUUUAUUCAAAAAAGAAAAUAUGCUAAAAGAAUUUAUGCCGAUAUCAUUCAUUCGACAACCAAUUGUGACGGUUUCAAGCAAGAAGGUAUGAUGCAUCCUUCAAUCAGUCAACAAAAACAGCUUUACGAAGACUUUUACAAAAUGAUCAACAUCGACCCCAGCUCCAUCUCGUACAUAGAAGCUCAUGGUACAGGAACACAGGUAGGAGAUUUUGUAGAAGGCACCUCGAUUGCAGAGUUUUUUUGUCAAGGACGCGAGACUCCACUGAAAUUCGGAUCGGUUAAAUCGAAUAUAGGCCAUACAGAGUCAGUUGCUGCCUUAUGCGGUAUUGCAAAAUUACUAGUGGCUUUCGAAAGUGGAAUUAUUCCGCCAAAUGAGCAUUUCACGAGCCCGAAUCCAAACGUUAAGGGUUUACUCAAUGGCCAGCUACAGCUUGUUACAGAGCCAACGCCCGUAGAAGGAAAGUAUUUCGCUUUAAAUUCUUUCGGAGUAGGUGGUGCAAACUUUCAUCUAUUACUGGCACGUCAUGAUAAAAUUAAACAGCCCACUAAAUCUAUGAAUGAAGAUAUACCAAAAAUGCUGACCGUGUCUGGACGUAACGAAGAGGCUAUCGAUUGCAUUUUCAAUGAUUUUGAGAAAAAUUACCAAGAUGAAGAAUAUGUAGCUCUGUUACAUGAGAUUUUUAGCGAUGAUAUAAGCGGUCAUCUUCAAAGAGGAUUCAUAAUUUUGGAUGAGAACAAAGAACACAUAAAAUCCCAAACAUCUUUUUCAGGCGAGAAGCGACCUGUAUGGUUUGUAUUUACCGGUAUGGGUUCCCAAUGGUCCGGAAUGGCUAAAUCACUGAUGAACAUACCAAUAUUUGCCGAAUCGAUCAAAAAAAGUCAUCAGAUAAUGCAAUCAAAACAGAUCGAUUUGAUUAAAAUAAUCACAGACGAUGAUCCAGAAAUAUUCGACAAUAUUUUGAACUCAUUCGUUGGAAUAGCAGCAAUUCAAAUAGCUUUGGUUGAUAUUUUGCAAGCGAUUGGAAUACAUCCUGAUGGAAUAAUAGGUCAUUCACUCGGUGAAUUGGGCUGCGCAUAUGCUGAUGGAUGUUUCACAGCUGAGCAAACGCUUCUCGCAGCUUAUUAUCGUGGUUUAGUUUCAGUCGAGACCGAAUUGAUUCACGGCACAAUGGCUGCUGAGUGGGUUACGAAAAACUGA